GUUCUUUCUCUACGUAGUUUUAGUUUACUCAGGUAGUUCUUGCACAAAAAAUUAACAACAUUUUCAUCAGAAUUCAUUUGCUACAAGGUCGAGGUGAUUGAAUUUUGCAUCAAAAAUGUUUUUCGUCGUGCACCGAAAUUCCAAGUGCAGCAGCAGGAUUCUGCAGCUGUUUGCAGUGUACAAUCUUUUUUAUGGUGAGCAACAAGUUGCUCGAGGCGCAGACUUACCACCGACGUCCGGAGCGGCCUCUUCUAGUACCAGCCC